GCGACGUGAUUGCUCCGCUCUUGGCAACACGCUCCGUGCAGGGCUUGGUGGGAGACCUGCAGAAGGCGAACGAACUGCAACUAGACUCCUUGAGGAGCGAGCUAUCGCAGCAUGUGCAAAUGCUGGAAUCGAUAUGUUCUGUGCACUGGGACGCCCCUGCGCCGGAGAGAGUGCAGAUUCGUCCCCUCGGCCCACGCUUGAGCAGUUUGGCCGUGCCCUUGCGCCCUGAAGCCCCGGAGGCAGAAGCGGAGGUGGAGAUUCCGCUGCCAAGUUGA